UAUAAAAUUACAUAAAAAAAUUAAAAAAAAAAAACCGUAAAAAAGGUCAAAAAAUUGAUAUAACUGAUUCUCUCUCCCUCUCCGUCUAAAAAGUCUUGCAUGUUAUGCUCGUUUGGUAGAGUGGAAUCCGACUUGUGUUAAUCACGAUCUCUCAGCGCAGCGCACUGUAUAUUCUUGAAUUGCAAGAGUUUCGUGGUUUGGUGCUUUUUGAUUCAGACCUCAGACAAAGCCUGUGCAACCUCUUCCUCAAGCUUUGAAAAUACUGUGAUUAAUCAGACGCGAUCAGAUUUAUCCUUUUAACUCCUGCUGUCUUUCUGGACCAAUGGCUUUGGUUACAACUGCUGAAGUUUGUGAUGCAAACCCACAACUAAUUUCAAGCGGCGAGCUCCGGGCACUCCAGCCAAAUUUUCAAAUCUAUGGCCGUCGUCAAGUCUUCUCUGGACCAAUAGUUACCCUCAAGGUAUUUGAAGACAAUGUUUUGGUUCGUGAGUUUCUUGAGGAGAAGGGUAAUGGCCGAGUUCUUGUUGUAGAUGGGGGUGGAAGUCUGCGGUGUGCAAUACUGGGGGGCAAUCCUGUUGUACAAGCUCAGAAUAAUGGAUGGGCAGGAAUAGUUGUGAAUGGCUGUAUAAGAGAUGUUGAUGAGAUCAAUGGUUGUGACAUUGGGGUCAGGGCUCUGGCCUCCCACCCAAUGAAAGCCAAUAAGAAAGGUAUGGGAGAAAAGCACGUUCCAAUUAGCAUUGCCGGGACAAGGAUCUCUGAUGGGGAAUGGCUUUAUGCAGAUACCGAUGGAAUUCUGAUUUCCCGAACUGAAUUAUCUGUCUAAAUCAUAUUCUCAUUGAAAGAUACUUUAUGCAGGAUGAUAAUGAGGUUAGGUAAGUUCUGCUGUAUUGCUUGUUUCUGUAUUCUGUUAUGGAGCUCAGUUCUGAACUGUUGAUGAAACUGUGAGGUGAUUAACCGACAUUUUUCGAAGUCUA